AUUGCUAUGAAAGAUAUGUUUUCUUUAUUGGCAUUUAAUUCAUAUUAAGCAUUACCAUUUUUAAGAUCCAUUACCAUUUUCUUUAUCGCAAUGCCUCAGUUUUUUUUUUAUAAAAAAAAUCUCUGCACACUGCCUCCAUCUCUUGACAUCCCAAAGCUGAAUUCAAACCAAAGCAAUGUUGAGAGCUUCUCAUUUCCCACCAACUGCAUCCUCUGCUCUCGGUGCUCUUAGACUUUCACUAGUUCCCAUCUUCAACCAAUCUUCGCCUCCAUUCCGCCACAGAUUCUUCGCAUCUGCUCUGUUGCAUAGGUUCCUGCCCAGUACCCUCUCACACACUUCACCUUAUCUUCAUUCUCUUAGCUUGAAGCGGGUUCCAACCGUGGUGGGUCAUCCAUGUACCAGAGGACGAGCUUCAUUUUGCGUGGGGAGCAGUGCUGGAGGUGGUAGAGAGAUAUUGGUGCAACACUUGCUUGUUAAAGAAGAUGACCUUAAGCUUCUUUUAGAGCUUCAAAAGAAGACAUCUGAGGGGGUGGAUCUGAGUGACCUGGCUGUAGAAUACUCAACUUGCCCUUCCAAAGGAGAGGGAGGAAUGCUUGGUUGGGUGAAGAAGGGGCAAAUGGUAUCUGAGUUUGAGGAGGCUGCAUUUAGUGCACCCUUAAACAAAGUUGUAAGAUGCAAAACUAAAUUUGGUUGGCAUUUGCUGCAAGUUUUAUCUGAGAGAGAAGAAUCAUUACUUCAAGACAUUCAGACUACUGAGCUACAUGCAAAAAUGCAAGACCACAGUUUUUCAAAAGAGGCUCAGUUGAUUGAUGUUCGAGAACCUGAAGAAGUGGCCCAGGCUUCUUUGCCAGGUUUCCAUGUUCUUCCCCUUCGCCAGUUUGGAAACUGGGGGCCAGAAGUAACAAAUAAGUUUGAUCCUCAGAAAGACACUUAUGUUCUGUGCCACCAUGGCGUGCGCUCAUUACAGGUUGCCAAGUGGCUGCAGACACAAGGUUUUAAGAGAGUAUUCAACGUGACGGGGGGUAUUCAUGCGUAUGCUACGGAGGCCGAUCCAUCAGUACCAACUUACUAAAAAAUGUUUCUUACUUUUCAGGUCCUCAAGAGAGAAAUAGCAGGAAAUGAGAAUGUCUGGUGCAAAAAUGUAAUAGCUCUUUUUUUGCCCCCAUAGUUGAUGGCAUUAAUGCCCCGUCCAAUGUAACCAUUUGUUAGGGUUUUGGAAAUACAACUUCGAUCGAAUCUAGGGAUUUAGCAUUGCCUGUUUGCGGAAAGAAUGUUGAAAGAUGGAUUGCUUUUUUGCUCCCCCCCUACAUUUAGGCCUUUUGAAACUUGGAAAAAUAUGGAGGAAAUGAAAGAAAAAUAUGAAGAAUA